AUGGAUCUGAAGGGAGUAAAAACCGACGCCGGCGGCGGGCAUAAGCCUGAGCGGGAGAGGAGAGCGAACUCCAGGAGUUCGGCAAGGGCUGAGGCGUCCAUUGCUGGUUCCCGUGAAGAUGAGGAUGAUGAUGUUGAUGUGAGGAUGAGGUCAGGGGUAAAAUGGGAAAUCAGUCAAAUCAUGGACGCAAAGGAAUUCGAGAAUUUUCUCAUGGAAAGGCUGACUAUUGGGCCGAAGCGGAGUUCUCCGACCCAAAUCGAAGUUGAUAUUCGGUUGUUGGUUCUUGAAGCUACUCCAAAUUGUUUAGGCCUGGCCCAACUAAUCGGUGACUGUUUUACGUGCACUUGGCUGCUUCAGCUGCGCUCUGAGUUGCUCGCGAAUUUUUGCAAUGAAAUCUUGAUAACUGCCAAGAAAAAGGCCACUGCAAAAUGCAACUUGCAAAAACAAAUCACAAACAGACUAUCAUCAAUAUUCCCUCUCACAAAAUCCCCACAAAUUAACGUAUCCAAAUCAAACACCACCACCAGCAGCAUCAAAAGAGAAAUAACAUCCAAAAAUCCAUCUUCAUAUUCUACUAAGAAAGUAAAACUGCUGCUUAAAAUUCUACUUAAUCGUCACCUCAAUCACAGCCCCAGCUUCCUUCUUCUUCUUGUUCUUUGGAACCACCAGCUCAAGAACACCAUCGUCCCCCAUCACAGCCCUAAUCUCCUCGCGCUUGCACAUGUGCAUAGGCAGCUGAACGAAGUACCUCCCCACAGGGUGCUCGAAUCCCGGCUCCUUGGCGUCCACCCGCAGCACCGAGCCAUCCACCCUCACCACCACGUCUUCCUUCACCUUCCCAUGCAUCGGCAUCCGCAAGUGAAAGCUCUUGGCGGUGUUUUUCGUUUUGACGGUGGUCCGUUCCACGCAGUUGAAGGGGGCGAAUCCCGGGUCGAUAUUGUCCCCGGUGGUGUCCCAAUUCUCUGCACAUCCACAGAUCCAGAUUUCAGUUCAAGGAAUCGCACAGAAAAAACACAAGAUCUAUACGAAAUUUCAGCUUAA